AUCAUUUAUUUCUUUUUUGCUUCUUUCGCUACGACCGAUGACGUUUGUGCAUUCUAUAGCUCACAAAGUAAAAUCCAAGGUCAAGGAAGGGGUAUAUGAAUUGACCCACCGCAAUGAUCAAGAGGAACAAGAACGAGAAAAAGCCUAUUUGGCUGCAAGUCAUCGCUUCGGCUCCUUUGCACCGGUUCGCGACAAUGCCCAAGUAAAAUACUAUAUUGAUGGUCAUGAUUAUUGCUGGGCAGUCUCGCAAGCGAUUGAAGAAGCGGAAGAAUGUGUUUUUAUUGAAGACUGGUGGCUCUCUCCGGAAUUGUAUCUUCGACGACCACCAGCGAAAUACCCUGAAUACCGCAUUGAUCAGUUAUUGAAACGUAAAGCCGAGCAAGGUGUAAUGAUCUUUGUUGUUGUCUACAAGGAAGUUGAACUAGCGAUGCCACUGGAUAGUAUGCAUACGAAGCGGGCCUUGCAAGCUUUACAUUCGAAUAUUAUCGUCCAAAGGCACCCGGAUCACGCGAUUGGUGGCACCUUUUUCUGGUCUCAUCAUGAAAAAUUUGUAGUGAUUGAUAACAAGAUAGCGUUUCUGGGCGGCAUCGAUUUAUGCUUUGGACGGUGGGACACACACACUCAUCGUUUGGCCGAUUUCCAUACAGCCGAUCCGGGAAUGGAAAUGUUCCCAGGUCAAGAUUAUAAUGAUGCCCGUGUCCGUGAUUUCAAAGACGUCAAGGAUUGGGAUAUGCGACUCAUUGACAAGACCGUUGUCCCCCGAAUGCCGUGGCAUGAUAUGUCAAUGUGCAUGCUGGGAGGUCCAGUGCUCGAUGUAGCCCGUCAUUUCUGUGAGCGAUGGAACUAUAUCAAGCAUGAGAAAGGCAUGGAUAAAAAACAUAUACCGUUCCUGGAACCGCCUUUGGGCGGUUUCGGCAAUCGACAAGCAUUCAAAAUUCCCCUUCCGGAUCGGUUACUGAACCAAACCCAUCAUUACCGUCAUCAUACAAGAGGCCAGCGUGGUACUUGCAACGCGCAAGUUCUUCGCAGCAGCGCCGAAUGGAGUUCGGGUAUUCAGUUGGAAAAAUCUAUUCAAACUGCAUAUAUUGAAACCAUCAAUGCUGCUCAACACUACGUGUAUAUUGAAAAUCAGUUUUUCAUUACGACGACAGAGGAUGAUCCAAACUAUAUUCUGAAAAACCAAAUCGGCCAAGCACUCGUGAACCGCAUCGUCAAGGCUUUUGAAGAAGGUCAAAAGUUUAAAGUGUUUGUUCUGAUACCCUUGAUGCCUGCUUUCCCGGCGGAUCUCAGUACCAAAGAAGCAGCCACGGCUCGACUGGUGAUGCAUUAUCAAUAUGUGUCCAUCUGUCGUGGAUCAAAGAGUAUCUUUGAGAAACUCAAAGGAGCCGGUAUCAACCCCGAAGAUUAUAUUCGCUUUUACAGUUUGAGAAGCUACGACCGUAUCAACCGUCGAAAACUCGAAGAGAUGCUCGCUCAAGCCGCUGGGUACACCCCCAGCGUCCGUGUGACGACGGAAGACGAAGUCGAGGUUACCAAAGUGCAAAAUGAGGAUGAUUUCAUCGCAUCCGAUUCGGUUGGUUACGACAGCAUGAAAGGAGGUGACCUUGAAUCGGAACCCUGGGUCACCGAUACAGCUUCACAAAAGCAUCGCAGUCCAGAGAACGAACGACAAGAAGCGAGUGACUAUGUGUCCGAAGAAUUAUAUAUCCAUGCCAAGCUUUUGAUUGCCGACGACCGCGUUGUGAUUAUGGGCUCAGCUAAUCUCAAUGAUCGAUCCCAGUGCGGAGAUAGAGAUUCGGAAAUCGCCAUGAUUGUGGAAGAUCAAGAUAUGAUUGCUUCGCAAAUGAAUGGAGAGCCGUAUCCUGCGGCUCGAUUUGCUGCAACGUUACGACGCCAACUGUGGAAGGAACAUUUGGGACUUCUUCCUGACCAGCCAUUGGAUAUAGUGGACAAUGCGAUGCUGCCUCUUCCCGUACCUCAAAUCGAUUGGACAGAUACUGAGGAAGAUCGCAUGGUCAUGGAUCCACUCGAUGAAGAUACCCUGAGUCUGUGGUAUAACACUGCAGCCACCAACACGGAAGCUUUCCGAAACGUGUUUCAUUGUGUUCCUGAGGCCAGUGUGACCAAUUGGGACCAAUACAAGGCGUUCGCCCCUGAUCCCGAGAAAAUCGAAAUCGGUCACAUCUACGACCCUAACAUGAGCGUCAAAGAAAUCCGUCAAAACCUCAGCCGGAUUCGCGGUCAUCUUGUGGAGUUCCCUUAUACCUUUUUGGAGAACAUUAAUUUGAAGGACGAAGCUAUACCAUUUAUUGACGACGCUAUGCAAGAACUUUAUACCUAGAACUCUCGUCAAUGCACUAAAUUUCACUCACAUCGUACUAUUUUUGAUAACUUUCAAUAUACACAGAUCAUAUACAACA